AUGCCGCCGCGGCCAGCGGCCGGCCGCGCGGCUAUGGCGGCAGAGGAACAACGCCCGCCACUAGCUCUGUUUACCGCUGUCUACGACUACAUAGCGCAGGGUGAGGAUGAGCUAUCCUUGCGCCGCGGGGAGAUCGUCGAGGUGCUGUCCAAAGACGCCAACAUCUCAGGCGACGAGGGCUGGUGGACGGGCAAAAUCGGUGACCGAGUCGGCAUAUUCCCCGCCGUGUACGUUACGGAGGAAGACCCCCUAGCCGUUACGUCGGUCAUUGGCGAUGUGGACCCUCCUCGGGUAUCUUUCAGCGAAUUGAAACUCGAGGAGGUGAUCGGCGUAGGCGGUUUCGGAAAAGUGUACCGCGGUUAUUGGAACGACGAGGUGGUGGCGGUUAAAGCUGCUCGCCAGGACGCGAAUGAAGACAUCGAAGUGAUAAAGGAGAGUGUACUGCAAGAAGCGAAACUUUUUUGGAUGUUGCAGCAUGAGAAUAUUGUGUCGUUGAAAGGUGUUUGUUUAGAGGAGCCUAAUUUGUGUUUGGUGAUGGAAUAUGCCCGCGGUGGGCCACUGAACAGAGUUUUGUCAGGAAGGAAGAUCAGACCCGGUAUCUUGGUGGAUUGGGCGAUUCAAGUGGCUCGUGGUAUGGCAUACCUUCAUGUGGAUGCGCCAAUAUCCCUCAUUCACCGAGACCUUAAGAGCUCCAAUGUGUUACUGAGCGAGACGAUUUUGCCGGAGGACACAUUGGAAGACAAGACACUCAAGAUCACAGACUUUGGACUCGCGCGCGAGGUGUACAAGACCACGAGGAUGUCUGCUGCGGGAACAUACGCCUGGAUGCCACCCGAGGUGAUAAAAAACUCGACAUUCUCGCACGCCUCUGACGUGUGGUCGUAUGGAGUGCUUCUAUGGGAACUGCUGACCGGGGAAACUCCUUACAAGGGUAUCGACGCGUUGGCGGUCGCGUACGGGGUCGCGGUCAACAAGCUCACGCUGCCCAUACCCAGCACGUGCCCGGAACCCUGGAGAGUGCUGAUGGAAGCAUGUUGGCACUCAAAUCCCCGGGAGAGGCCCCUGUUCCCCGAGAUCCUGGAACAGUUAGAGCACAUCCGCCAGUCAGAGUUCACGAGGGCGCCUCACGAAUCAUUCCACACCAUGCAAGACGGCUGGAGACUGGAAAUUGAGGAGGUGCUUAGGGAUUUAAGAAGGAAAGAGAAGGAGCUUCGAUGCCGGGAAGAAGAACUAACUCGAGCCCAACUACAGCAGAGGCUGGUCGAACAAAACCUAGCACAAAAGGAGAGGGAGCUGGAGAUGCGGGAGAUCGACCUGGCUGCAAGAGAACUCCACAUUCUUAUCUUCGCCAGCAACAUGUCGCAUAGUCAGCCGCCGCAGCCCAACAAACGGAAGGGCAAAUUUAGCAAAAUAAAACUCUUAAAGAAGGACACGAUUUCAUCUCCACUCGAUUUCCGACAUACUCUGACAGUUCGACCGUCCGACGACGAGUCCAGCGUGAAACAGCUAGUAGCCGUCGCUAAGGAUACUCCACCAGGUUCACCCGCCAUUAUGAGGGCAAUAGCACUGCCGGCGGACGGCGUGAAGGGCAAGACGUGGGGCCCGUCGACGGGGCACCAGCGGGCGCGCGCGCACCUGCCGCUGCCGGCGCUGCGGCCGCGCGCCGCGCGCCCGUCCUGCUCCGCGCCGCACCUGCCGCCGCACCUCGCGCCGCAGCCGCGCGCCGCGCGCCUGCCGCACCCAGGUUGUUUUCUUCCUUAUACAGACUUCAGUCCAGACGACUGGGGCCCAGAGUUCCCUUUAAGCACAUCUUCCAGAUAUACCAUACCGAUGCCAACACUGUAUAGUACUGAAGGGUACAAAUUCAAGAAGCCGAGUAUCAUUGAGCUGGUGCUGUACAACAUGGCGGCACUGCUUGGUGGUGUGGCGGCCGGUUAUGACGUGAGGGUAUCAAAUGUCAGCCCACUGCAUCCCACUUUACAACCCCACAGAUCUGAAGUAGAAACAGAACCAUUGGCCUCGUCUCUGUACGAGGGCUAUGGAUACGCUCAUAACACCUAUCACGGUCCAACGAGGCAUCUGCGAGCUCCAUUGAAUGCCAUCACCGGGUCUCCUCUAUCUAGUCUACAAGCAGAGGAGCAGAAGCCGAUGCGGUUCACGGAUUCUCCCACUCAUUACGCGCAUGCGUCUUCGUCGUCCGGCUGUGGCCACUCGGCCGCACCGUUGUCCGCUACUUCCGGCCUCAACACCGCUUACACCGGAACUUCCGGCCUAGGAACCGCCUACACCGGAACUUCAGGCCUCGGCACCGCCUAUACCGGAACACAACCCCCCACACCCUCGCCCCGGAGGACCUCCUCCUCCACUUCUGACCACCUUGCCGACCUCUACCACAACUACAGAGAAAACUUUCAACCGUCUGCAUCCCAGGACCGGAUACAAGACUAUUACUAUCGAGCCGAACCUUAUUCUUACGAGAGAACAGCCGAUUAUGUUGUCAAACACCCGUACUAUGGCUACGACGAGUGCUCCUUCGAGUACAGAGAACCUACCCCGGAUUAUAGACCUACAGUUCCAUAUCUCACUCAUCGGAGAACCCCUUCUAACUCCUCUGUUUCAAAUUCGCAUCCGGAAGAGUUCUCUCCCUCUAGGCAAUUUCGAACAGAGAAGUAUACAAAGGACAGGCGAGACGAAUACAGAACUCCAAAGACAGAGUACCCGAGGAAGUCUAGUGAUUAUUCUUUGCCGAGGGACUACUACAGACAAGAAUCUCAAGAAAGAGCAGAGCUGGAACGGCCGGCUAACCUUGGUCUGGAGUUAGCAUCGACCAAGUUAAGAUCUAGUUUGAAGAAAUAUAAAAAAUCUAGUGCAUCUGGCGGCAGUUCUGGAGGGGGUACACCUACGAAUCCUACUCCGCCUGAUAGUUUGACAAGCGAGACUGAUAGUUCGUACGUUUCCGCUAGGGACGCCUCGAGUGGCUCUCAAUCUAGAGUCAGAUUCAGUCCAGAAACAAUGGAGGGACCGACACCUGAACGCAGGCCGUCGAGACAUUCGUAG